AUGGGACGCGAAGAUCAGGUCGAGGAGCGUGAGGUCCUCGAGUCCAUUUUCCCCGAAGAAAUCACAGCGUGCACUCGGUCAGACAUAUCCGAGACCGAGUUUAGGAUAUGCGUUGCCCUCGAUCUCCCCGGCGAGGAGGAAGACCAGGAUGAGGCUCCCAAGUUCAUCCUUCAGGUCCGCUACCCAGAAGACUACCCCGACUUGGCCCCUCACCUCGACAUCCUCGCGCUCCCGAACCCCCCCGCCCAUCCCUACUUCAGCGUUGCCGACGACCGCGACCAGCUCCUCGCGGGCCUCGACGAGACCAUACAAGAGAACCUCGGGAUGGCCAUGAUCUUCACGCUCGUCUCUGCCCUCAAGGAAGCCGCCGAGCAGCUCGUGCAAGAUAGAAAAGACGUCGACGCCAAGGUCCGUGAGGAGGUCCUCCUCGCGGCCGAGCGCGAGGAGAACAAGAAGUUUCACGGCACGCAGGUCACGCCCGAGACCUUUCACACCUGGCGCGCCUCCUUCAUGCAGGAAAUGGAGGAGAAGGAGCGCAGGGAAGAGGAGGAGCGGCUCGCGGAGUUGAAAAGGGCCAAGGUCAAGGAGCCGGUCAAGCUGACGGGCAGGCAGCUCUGGGAGCGUGGCUUGAUCGGCAAGGUGGAUGAUGAAGAAGGCGAGGAGGGCAUGCCGACCGAAGGCAUGGAAAAAUUGCAGGUCGAGGCCUCGUAA